UCCUUUUUUGACCAAGAGGGUCCAAAGCAUAGGCAAAAUAUCUUUGGGGAGGAGGCAGUAAGUGACCAGAGCUUGAAUUUGCCAUGAUGUACAACUGGGCAUACUAGAUUUCUUUUGCCCCAACAAUACUACUGAGAUGCUCUCUCUCUCUCUGAGAACUAGAAAAAUUAAAAAUAGGAGUUGUGUUCCAUGCCAAACACUCAGUCCUUCACUUCCUCUGGUUUUGCAACCAUCAGAUAGAUGCAAACUAAUAAGGGAUGUGGUUACUCAGGCAGCUUUGGCAACGGAAAAAGGACAACAGCAUUGGCCGAUCAGAGAGGAGUCAUUUGUUCUGAGGAAGAGCUGCAUCACAGAACAUUGCUGGGUUUCAGCGGCAACAGCCUCCAGCUGAGAUCUUCACUCGGGAGACAGCAGAAUUAGGAGCGAACGGAAGAAACUGCUGGCUACAGAAGCCAAGCCAUGAAAUUCCCUUCCAGCAUCCUCUUUCUAGGGUGUUGGCUGAGCAGGCAGUGGCAGAUCUCCAGAGGACAGCUUCAUCAAAAGCCUUCCAUCUCAGUGAUACCAAGUCCUCGGGUUAUCCUAGGUGAAAAAUUCUAUAUCCGCUGUGAGAAUAAACUUAACUCAGAAGCAACUUUCUACCUUGUCAAGGAAGGGAGUUCAGCGGCUGUGGAUUCUAAGACUGCUUCAUAUUAUACAGAUUUCCCCCUUUCUAAUGCCAAACAUGUAGAACCCAAUGGUGGGGUCUACAAGUGCAAAUAUUGCUUUACGGAAAAUACAUGCUCAGAAUUCAGCAAUAACGUUUAUGUCAACGUAACAGGGCAGCUUUAUCGAAAGCCUUCCAUCUCUGUGAGUCCCAGUCCUCUCGUCAUCCCAGGGACACAAUUCUUCAUCCACUGUAGAAAUGAAUACCGUGAACAAGCAACUUUCUAUUUCUCCAAGGAAGGGACUCCGGGGCAUUUGUUUUCUAGUACUGAUUCAUUUAGUACUGUAUUUCACAUUCCUAAUGCCAAGGAAACAGAUGGAGGGAUCUACCUGUGUUCGUAUUGCUUCAUUCAAGACCAAGUUAAAAAAUGCUCAAGUUCCAGCGACAGAGUUUACAUCAACAUAACAGAGCAUUUCUAUCCCAAACCUUCCAUCUCAGUCAGUUCGCAUGAAAUAAUUGCCCUGGGGGGAAAUGCAACCAUCCGCUGUAAGAGUGAAGAGAACCCAAUGGCAGAAUUCACUCUGCUGAGAGAAGAUUCUUUGGGUAACCGUGAGAUCCAGAAGAUGGAACCAGGCAGUAUUUUAUUUCCCAUUCUCAAUGCUAAACGAACUGAUGGGGGGAUCUACUUUUGUACCUAUUGCUUCCAAUCAGACUUGGACUUCAAUCAGCGAUGCUCAAACUACAGUGACAGAGUGUACAUCAACAUCACAGAUCCCUGGCUUUCUAAACCUUCCAUCACUCUGACACCAACACAGCAGAUUUCUACUGGGAUGAAUGUCAGCAUUGAGUGUCAGGGGGCAAAGAGUUAUGUGACCUUCUCCUUGCUCAAAUCAAACAACCUGAUAGCAUCACAAAAGGCCGAAGAAAACAGAAAUGCAACCAAGUUCUUUUUCUCUGAAGUGAGGUUGGAGGAUGGAGGGAACUACACCUGCCGAUAUUACCGCAUAGGAUUCCCCUUUCGUUGGUCAGAGUCAAGUGACCCCAUGGAACUGGUUGUGACAGACAGAUUUGCAGUCAUCCUGUGGGCAAGCAUUGUGGCUGGACUUUCCCUUCUGAUUCUCUUCCUGCUGGUACUUGCCUUUAUAUUGUACAGAAAAGGCAGAAAGGGUUCCACGGUCCACGAAAGAAGCCAACCACCAAACAUAUCCCUGGAAUCCGACAGCAGAGAAGACCCUGAUGGAAUUUCUUACGCUGCUCUGAACCACGGGGCCCUGAAAUCCAAACAGGUACCCGAUGCUGACAGGAUCCCUGAAAGCUGUACUUACGCAACAUUGGCCCAAGGCAGACCAAAGUAGGACUGACAAGCUGGACCUCUUAGGAUGUAGAGACUUCUGAGACCUCGGCUGAUCCUUGGUUUGCAGGGACAUUUCUAGCAGGACAAUGCUUCCUAGUAGAGCCUUCUUCACCGAGAGAACCUGCUGCUCCCACCAAAGAGCUGGGCACUCAAAAUAUGUAUGUACUCUUCUUCUUUGACCACUGACUACCUCCUUUCUGUAGAGUUCUUCCUUAGGCUCCUGGCUCACUAAGCCGGUUUGCCCCUGCGGUUGAGAACAUUGCCUAAUCCAGGGCUGAGAAUCUUCAGCACUACAUUUUAUCAUAUGUGGUGGACGUCUAAGCUAAUAAAAGUUUUCUGGGAGACGAUAUAUAAUGAAAAGGAAAAAAAUGUUUAAAAUAACUUUUGCUUAGAAAAAAAGAGAGAAGCUUUUCUAUUAGGAAUUAUAGGUACCGACAUUUCAAAAGAUCAUAAAAGACUUUUUACGUAAAGGACAACAGUCACUUGGAUGCUAUUAGUCCAGAGAUGGAAAGAAGACAAAGUCCCUACCAAAGAGAAAUGGACUGUGCUGAAACGGCAAAGCUGACUGGAAAGCUCAGGAACCAAGAGGACAAAAACUUCAAAAAAAGAAUGGGGGAAAUUAUAAUUUAUUUAGGAGACCACUGUAAGAUGAUGGAAACAUUAGCAGGAUUUUAAUCUCACAUGUAAUGUAACAGAUAUCUUGGAUAACAUGGAUUGAUACAAAUUAUAGAUUAUGCAACAAUAUGCAGAUUUUAAUGUUGAUAUUAACAUCCAUGCAGGGGGUGGUGUGAAGCCAUGAGAUUCAGAGUAAUCUCUAUAUAUGAAUAUGUAUUUGGAUUGUUAUACAGUGGUACCUUGGUUUACAACAAUAAUCCGUUCCGGAGGAGCAGUUGUAAACCAAAACAGGUUGUAACCCAAGGCAUGCUUU